AUGGCGUCCGGUACGCCGGUUUCCGCGACGGUCGACGACCUGGUGCGCGACGCGCACGCUCUGGUCGUCGAGCUCGACCUCUACAAGCGCCCGCUGGGGCUCGUCGGGGUCGGCCUGGGCGCUGUCAUUGCACUGCUGUUCGCGGCAAGGCAUCCUGACAUCGUCGCAGCCCUGUGGACGUCAGGUCUACCGCAGCUGCGCCUCGGCCCCUCCGCGGCCGCGAACCCGAUCGCGUACAACCUCAGCUUCCUGCCGGACGCGAAGCACGCCCGCCUGGUCCCGGGCCCCGCGGCAAUCGAGGAAACAGUAUCUGCGAUCGCCGCCGCCAACUCCUUCGCGGCCGAGCCGCCGCCGGGGCCCGAGGGCCGCGCGCGCCACGCCGCGGCGGUGCUCCAGGAGGACGAGGUGGCGUCCGCGCGGCUGCACGUGCCCCGCGGGCAGUACAGGACCACUCUGGACCGGUCUUUCGUCUGUCCGGGCCCGACGCAGGAGCAAGUGCUGUCAGCGCUGAGUCAGGUCGAGGUGCCGGCGACCGUGGUGUUUCCCGACACGCCCUGCGCGAGAGAGUCACGCGAGGAGCUGACGGCGGAGGUGCUGGGGCGGAGGGUGGCGGGGGCGGGGUCUCCGCCGCUGCGCCUGGCGACGCUGCUGGGAGUGCAGCGCAUCUCACCAACAGACGACCCGGACGACGUCGCCGAGGACGUCGCCGCGUGGCUCGACGCCCACCGCGAGCGCUUCGACGACCCGCGGGGCCCCGCCGGCCGCACGCCGGAGCACCUCGGGCUUCUGCCGCUGCCGACGUUCCGGUGUCCCGAGGAGGCGCGGCGGUACCUCGGGCCGCGGCGCGUGCCGGACGCGGCGGCGAUCGAAGCGGCGCUGCGGCAGCUGCGCGCGGACGACGAGGCGCCGAGCACGCCGUCGUCGGAGGCCAGCGGCGACGGAGCGCGCACGGCGCUGUGCGCGGACCCGCCCACGUACUACGGACGCGUCGGGUGA